ACAUUUUUUUUUUCAUGACGGACUACUGAUUUGAUUGAAUGCCGCAGGAGGACUCUGUUUGAGCAUGCGCAGUACCCUGUCAGCAUGGAGUUGAGGAAGUUUUGUGCCAGAGGCACCUGAGCGUAAAUUGUCUCUUAUUCAAACCACUACGGGGACGUUUCUACACAUGUGUUGACCGUGGAAGUUGAAAGUGAAAACAGCGAUGAUCUCAUCUACUGAUCUGGAGCAGCUGGCUGAAAUAGAGCUGCAGAAGGAAGAAGAUGAGGAGCAGGGUCGUCAUGGGUACCGUCCGGAUCGCCCUCCAGCCCCACGUAGAGUCAGCUUCAGCCAGGACACCUCUCACCCCUACUACGAUGUGGCUCGACACGGGAUCCUACAGGUCACAGGUGAUGAUAACUAUGGCAGGAAGCUAGUGAUCUUCAGUAGCUGCCUGAUGCCCCCCUCCCAUCAGCUCAACCACCACCACCUACUGCAGUAUCUGAUGUAUACCCUGGAGCAGUAUGUAGAGAGUGACUAUACGGUAGUGUACUUCCACCAUGGUCUCCGCAGCUGCAACAAGCCCUCGCUACACUGGCUACGAAACGCCUACAGAGAAUUUGACAGGAAGUACAAGAAGAACCUGAAAGCCCUCUAUGUCGUCCAUCCUACUAACUUUAUCAGAAUCAUCUGGAAUAUAUUCCAACCACUCAUCAGUCACAAGUUUGGUAAGAAGCUGACCUAUGUAAACUACCUGUCUGAACUCAGAGAUCACCUGAGCUGGGAUCAGCUCAUCAUCCCACCUGAUGUCCUCAGGCAUGACGAGAGGCUGCAGGCGGCCCAGAAGGGAGGUCUGCACCCCUCAUCUAAGACUCCUCCCCCCAGACCUCCUCUGCCCACUCAGCAGUUUGGAGUCAGCCUGCAAUAUAUUGCUGAGAAGAACCAGGGAGUUCUGAUCCCUCCUGUGAUGUCCCAGACUGUGUCUUAUCUCAAAGACAAAGGCCUCCAGACAGAAGGUAUCUUCAGGAGGUCCGCAGAAGGUCGUGUUCAGCUCAUCAAGGACGUCCAGAAGCUCUACAACCAGGGGAAGCAAGUGGUGUUUGAGCAGUACGGAGACAUCCACGUGCCUGCUGUCAUCCUGAAGACCUUCCUCAGAGAGCUUCCUGAACCUCUGCUCACCUUCCCCCUCUACCACCAGAUACAGGACAUAGUCCGAGUGGAGAGCAGUCUACGAGUGACCACCUGUAAACACAUCCUAGAGAGACUACCAGAACACAACUACAUGGUGUUGAAGUACCUGCUCUGCUUCCUGAACAUGGUCUCUCAGCAGAGUGUCAUCAACAAGAUGUCUCCCUCCAACCUGGCUUGUGUGUUUGGUGUCAAUCUGUCCUGGCCUUCUCAGGGCUCUGUCUCUCUGACAUCUCUAACACCGCUCAACAUCUUCACUGAGAUCCUUAUAGAACAUUACCAUACAGUCUUCAGCUCCCGCUGCCCACAAGCAGAGGUACUGCCCUGAUACCUGCCCUGAUACCUGCCCUGAUACCUGCCCUGAUACCUGCCCUGAUACCUGCCCUGAUACCUGCCCUGAUACCUGCCCUGAUACCUGCCCUGAUACCUGCCCUGAUACCAGCCCUGAUACCAGCCCUGAUACCAGCCCUGAUACCUGCCCUGAUACCUGCCCUGAUACCUGCCCUGAUACCAGCCCUGAUA